AUGGACAAUGGUUUGAAUGCUGCUCGUAAGCUUCGCAACCAUCGUCGCGAACAACGAUGGGCUGAUAAGCAAUACAAGAAGCGUGCUUUGGGUACUGCUUUCCGCUCCAACCCCUUCGGUGGUGCUUCUCACGCUAAGGGCAUUGUCCUUGAAAAGAUUGGUGUUGAAGCUAAGCAACCUAACUCUGCCAUUCGUAAGUGUGUUCGUGUCCAAUUGAUCAAGAACGGUAAGAAGGUUACUGCUUUCGUACCCAAUGAUGGUUGUUUGAACUACGUUGACGAAAACGAUGAAGUCUUGAUUGCUGGUUUCGGUCGUAAGGGUCGUGCUAUUGGUGAUAUUCCUGGUGUCCGUUUCAAGGUUGUCAAGGUUGCUGGUGUCGCCCUUAUUGCUUUGUACAAGGAAAAGAAGGAAAAGCCUAGAUCUUAG